CUUUCCCUUUCUUUGUCUCUCUCUCUCUCUCUGUACAGUUGGCGUGCAAGUUAUUCUAAGCUGUGUAUCUUUCAUUCGGAGAUAUGGCUUCUGUUAUUCCCACUUUCCUUCCAGUGGUAUAUGAUAGUAUGCCUAAAGCAGAGUUUCUGAAUUUCUUUCGUGACACAGUCUGCCAAGCAGAUGUUGAACUCUUCAAAAAACUCAAGAUGAAUUUAGUGGUAGCUGCAGCACUACUUGAUGAUGCAGAUAUCAAGCAAACAAGGAACCCAUCUGUCAAGCAAUGGCUUGAAGAGCUUCGUGAUACUGUUUACGAAGCAGAUGGCUUACUCAAUGAGAUCAAUGCGGAAGCUCUGCGAGUUAAGGAGGAAAAUGUGUGCCAAAGCUCAAGCAGAAACUGGGAGAGUGCUUCCGAUUGCAUUCCAUCUCUGAGUAGUAAGUUCCUUAAAAAGAUUAUUCCCCAGAUAGAGAGAAUAGCAGUUAGACUGGAAGCAUUUGUAAAACAAAUUAAUCCCUUGGGUCUUCAAGUUGGGGAGUCGAAGAGACAAUCAUGUCAACUACCAAUACCAACUACUUCUUUGGUUGAUAAGACUGCUAUUUAUGGGAGAGAUAAUGACAGAGAGAAGAUAAUACAAAUGUUGCUAUCUGAGGAUGCAAACGGGGAUCGCAUCGCUGUGAUUCCCAUAUUUGGACUGGGCGGAAUUGGCAAAACCACCUUGGCUCAAUUGGUUUACAAUGACCAGAGGGCGAAGGACCAUUUUUCUACCAUGGCAUGGGUUUACGUAUCAGAAGAAUAUGAUCCUACUAGGAUAACAAAGGAACUCCUUAGGGAACUCAACAUUUCAUUUUCCGAGUCCCAUGAGAAUUUAAAUUCCCUCCAGGUGAAGUUAAAAGUUGGUCUUACCGGUAAAAAGUUUCUUCUUGUUCUAGAUGAUGUUUGGAUUAGUGACUACAAUCAAUGGGGUAAUUUACGGAUUGCUUUCGAAGGUGGAUUACGGGGUAGUAGAAUCAUUCUUACAACAAGGAAUCUGUACGUUGCAAGAAUGAUGGGCAGAGAGAAGUCAAUUCAUCAUAUGAAUUUAAUAUCAGAGGAUGAUUGUUGGUCCUUAUUUGUGAAGCAUGCCUUUGAGAAUAGAGAUGGCAGUCAAGCCUUGGAAUUUGAAGAAAUGGGAAAGAAAAUUGUGAAAAAGUGUGGAGGGCUGCCUUUGGCUGUGAAAACAGUUGCCGGUCUCUUACGUUCCAAAACAACCAGUGAAGAGUGGGAAGACAUUUUUAUGAGCGAAGACUGGUCUGUGACAAAUAAUCAAAUGAUACAACCAUUGAGCUACAAUCAUCUUCUUUCUCAUCCCAACCGUUACCAGUCGAGAUCCACCGGAAUGACGCAGGAACUCCAAGAUGUCAAUAGGCAACUGGACAUAACAUUUUGGUAUUUCAAUAACUCUCUCCAGCAACUGUCCAUAGCUGCUAGUGAAGAUGAUGUUAGUGCCUUAUAUAGAGUGAUUAGCAAUAAUCCAGACCUUUUGGAAUGCAUAGAUCAGAAACCAUUCAACCAUACACCAUUGCACAUUGCUGCAGAAACAGGGCAUACACACUUUGCCCUUGAAAUCAUGAGUUUAAAGCCUUCUUUAGGGAGGGUUUUAAACCACGAUGGCUUUAGCCCUUUGGAUCUAGCUUUACGAAAUGGCCACAGAAAAACUGUGAGAAGGCUUGUAAGAUUUGCUCCAGAGCUGAUCCGUAUUCAGGGCAGAGAAAGAAUUACUCCUUUGCAUUAUGCUGCAGAAGUAGAGGAAAUUGAUUUUUUGGCUGAAUUUCUGCUGAAAUGUCCAGCAUCAAUCGAGGAUGUGACCUUAUGCUGCGAGACUGCUCUACACAUUGCCGUGAAAAAUGGAAAACUUAGAGCUUUUAAAGUGCUCUUUGGUUGGCUAAAGCGAACUAAUAGGAGAGAAAUAUUGAACUGGGGGGAUGAAGAUGGCAAUACAGUGUUGCAUGUCGCAGCAUCGACAAAUCAAACUGAGGUUGCCAAAUUGCUGGUUAAAUAUGUCAAUGUUAACGCAAAGAACCAAGAAGGCCUGACAGCCCUUGAUAUAUCCAACACUAAACCUCCAAUCCAAGUGAACGCAAGGAUGAAGAAGAUUUUACUUAGGGCAGGAGCUUCAAAAGCUUCACGGCUUCAUCAACUUCCCACUUUAGCAGAAAUGUUGGGGUCACCAGAGGCACUGAUUGAGAAAAUAUUUCAAAUCAACGCUUAUUUGGACGAAGGCUUAUCAGGUGAAAUGCGCAAUUCCAUGUUGGCUGCGGCAAUACUAAUAGCCACGUCAGCAUAUCAAUCAGUCCUCAGCCCUCCAGGAGGAGUCCACCAAGGUGACACCAACACAUUUACUAACUCCAUGGCCACCUCAAAUCAACCAGCGGUGGAGCCUGGAGAAGUGGUGAUGCGAGCCACUAAGUUUUAUCCAUUCUUGUUGGGGAAUUCAUUGGCAUUUGGUGCUUCAUUGGGCAUUGUCUUUUUGCUGCUACCAACAACUGGUUACGGUGUGCUGCACAUUUCUUUGGUCCUUCUGAUGCUAGGAUACAUCUACUCUGCACUAACAAUAUCACCUGCAACUCCAACUGCGGUGUGCUUCGUGUUUGCGGGCUUCCUGUUGUUCACUUUGAUUGUGGCCGUCAGGAUGGUGUGGAAACUAUUGCAGAGAUUUCCAUCAGCUUCUUGGGAGACUAUUGGUAGCGUCUACUUUCCCAACCGGGACUAACUCCACUUUGCACCCCCAAAUUUGUACCACUUUAAUAUGCAUAUUUGUCUGUAUUUGAUGGCGACAACGACGGAGCAGGAUUUUUC